AUGGCAAUGGCUCAGAAGCAAAGAAAUUGUGUGAGUGCAGUUGUAUUUCCCAACAAAAUAUCUACUGAACAGCAGUCUCUGAUGCUAGUGAAGAGGCUCCUGGCAGUAGCAGUAUCCUGCAUUACAUAUCUGAGAGGAAUCUUUCCUGAAAGUGCCUAUGGAACAAGAUACAUGGAUGAUGUCUGUGUCAAAAUUCUGAGGGAAGACAAAAACUGUCCUGGCUCUACUCAGCUGGUGAAAUGGAUGUUAGGAUGCUAUGAUGCCUUGCAGAAGAAAUAUCUAAGAAUGAUUGUCCUAGCAGUCUAUACCCAUCCAGAAGAUCCUCAGACAAUUACAGAAUGUUACCACUUCAAAUUCAAGUACACUCACAAUGGGCCACUUCUGGAUUUCAGCAGUAAGAAUAAAAGGAAUGAUUCCACAAUCACCUGUGCAGACACCAAGAAAGCAAGUAUCCUCCUCAUUCGCAAGAUUUAUGUUCUGAUGCAAAACCUGAGUCCCUUACCAAAUGAUGUUUGCCUGACUAUGAAGCUGUUUUAUUAUGAUGAAGUUACACCAUCUGAUUACCAACCUCCUGGUUUUAAGGAGGGUGAAUGUGAGGGGAUGAUAUUUGAGGGGGAGCCUAUGUAUCUUAAUGUGGGUGAAGUGCCAACGCCUUUUCAUAUGCUGAAAGUUAAAGUUACAACUGAAAAACAACGAAUGGAAAAUGUUGAUAAAAGCAUCCUAAAGCACGGAGACACUAAUGUGCCUCUCCGGGUGCUCAGAGUGGACAGAGAUGAUCCAGAAGAAGAGAAUCAGGACAUGAAUGAAGAUCCUGUCUUGGAUAGUAAAGUGGAAGAUAGGAAUAAUGUAAAUAUUUCAGAAGCUCAAGAACCAAAUGUAACUUGUGAAGAGGAUGAAGUUACGAAGGCUGGAGGGAACCAGAAUCUGUAUGUUCCUAAUCCUCAGGUCGAUCAUUUGGCAAGUAAAACAUCUGAACUUAAUGUGUCAGAGAGCAGGACGAGAAGUGGAAAGAUAUUUCAAACCAGCACUGUUCACCACUUUGAACUCUCAUCUAGUCAAGAUGUGCUGCCAAAAAGGAGAAAGAUCAGUGAACCAAAGGAGCAGUUUUAG